AUGUCCAAACCAGGUGGAUACAGCAGCCAGUCCGACACUCCCUCGGGUAACAAGCCCAAAAGCUACCCGAACGUCGCCACUAACAAGGACCUUCUAGAGCCCAACAACCCCAAGGUGGACCCGAAGGACCAGUCAGCCAAGAGCCAGGAGAAGGACCAGAUGGUUGGACUCAACGACAAGUUUAUAGCGUUCAUUGACAAGGUGCAAAACCUGGAGCAGCAGAACAAGGUCCUGGACACGCGUCUGAAGAUCCUGAAGGAGCAGGAGGACUACCAAGGCAACGUGGACGCUGUGGUCCAACAGCUGGCCAACGAGUUGCAGCAGCAGAUCCAGAAACUGGUCCGGGACAAACAGAAACUGAAGCAGGAGCUGGCCCACUGCCAGGACGAAGUGGACCAGACACGCAACAAGUACCAGGAUGAGAUCCAGAAGAAGUCGGAUCUGGAGAAUGACUUUGUGAUCAACAAGAAGGAUGUGGAUGAGGGCCACCUGGCAGCCGUGGAUCUGGCUCUGGAACUGGAGGACCUGAUGGGAGAACUGGACUUCCUGAGGCGGGGCUAUGAGGAGGAGCUGAAGGAGCUGGAGUCUCAUAUCCAGAAUGAGACGGUGGUCGUGAAGGAGAACAACAAGAGAUCUCUAGACAUGGACGAGAUCAUCGACAGCGUCAAGAAACAGUACGCGGACAUGGCCUCCCGUGCCAGAGAGGAGGCAGAGCUGUGGAACCAGAAAAAGAUGGAUGACAUAGUGCUGACAGCAGAGCAGUAUGAGCAGGAUGUACGUAAUGUGAAGAAGGAGAUUGCUGACAUGCUUCGUCUAAUACAGAGACUGAAGGCCGAGCUGGAGACCCUCAAGAAGCAGAAAAUAGUUGUUGAGAAGGACAUUGAGGAUGUGGAGGUGGAUGGGCAGAAUGCGUUGGAGCAGGCCAGGGAUAAUAUUGUUGUGCUGGAAGACGCCCUCCGCAGGGCCAAGCAGGACAUGGCCCGUCAGGUCAGGGAGUACCAGGAACUGAUGAACCUCAAACUGGCCCUGGACAUCGAGAUCGCCACCUACAGGAAGCUACUGGAGGGAGAGGAGAUUAGAAUGAAUGACCAUAUACGUCAUCAAGACAUUGAUUUGCCUUCGAAGACUCUGAAGCCCCUCCCAUUAGAUGCCGGUGGCCCCCCAACCAGCCCCAGGAAGCGUCUGCUGAUCAGAAUUGAGGUGGAGGCGGGCAGGGUCAUGUCCAAGAGCUUACACUACUCUGACAAUUAACCAAGUCCACCGUCACUCUGCUGUCGCUAUAGUAACACGGUGUUGUACCACUUUCUCUCUCUCUCUCUUUUCCAUCUAAAAACAUUGCUGAGUCUUUUGUUUUACAUUAAGGUCAUUGUUUAAUAAGCUACAGUGUUAAACUUACACACUUUGUUUUCAACUGCAGUUCGAAGACCAUGUGCAAACAGUAACAGGAGCUCUUACAAAAUGUGUCCUGUGCUCUUUUUCAUUACGUUUGUGGUGGGAGAAUUUAUCUGUGCUCUCUUGUGCUCAUGUGACUGGGAAGGCCAUGUCCUCCAAAGCUUGAAUGUCACUGAACCAGGUCCAAAAUAAAAAUACAAAAUAUUAAGGA